AUGGAUUCUGACGCUGGAUCCACCUGCAGCCGCUCCUCAUCCCCAGACCUGGUGGUGGAUGACUCAGCUGGGAGCUUCUUCUCCAACAAGAUGUUCCAGACUUACUGUCACGAGAACAGAGCAGACAGCGAGGCCGGCCAGGGAAGGACGGAGCACUGCGGCGAGGGCGGCAAGACCAAGACCAGGUCCGAACUCAGCAAGGAAGAGAUGCAGGACCUGAGGCUGAAAGUCAACAGCCGGGAGAGGAAAAGGAUGCAUGAUCUGAACCAGGCGAUGGACGGCCUGAGAGAGGUCAUGCCCUACGCUCACGGCCCCUCCGUCCGCAAGCUGUCAAAAAUCUCCACCCUGCUGUUAGCCCGCAACUACAUCCUCAUGCUGUCCAGCUCUUUGGAGGAGAUGAAGAAGCUAGUGGGGGAUGUUUAUGGAGGCAGCGCUGCCGUCCAGAGCCGCACCGCUGCCCACCCGGCCAUCACCCCGACAGCCCCCACAGCCCACCUCCCUCUGCACCCUCUGGCCCAGUCCCUGCACUCUCUGGUGGGCAGCACGCCCUCCACUCUCCAGCAUCACUCAUCUUCUUCAGCACCAGCCCCGCACUCCCCUCCAUCCGCCAGCUUCCUGGGUUUUCAUGCUCCGGUCCAGGGCCUUCUGAAGGACCCCCUCCACCUGACCAGCUCCUACAGGCACUUCCCCGGCAUGCCCUGCCCCUGCUCGCUCUGCCAGCCUUUGCCCACCACUACCUCCACAUUACACGGCCUGUCUAUGAACAAGUGA